ACUAUACCACCACCCACAUCUCCAAUUUGAAAGCCGCCUCUCUACCGGGAGAGGAAGGCUCUUUUUCGGUCAGAUGGCGUGCUGCAGUCCGCCCCCGUCAUUCUCCAGCCCACACAGACGGCAAAAAAGGCAGCCAGCAACCAAUACGGUGCGCCGGAGGAGGAUUUCUGCCAGUGAUAUCAGCCGAGGAGCGAAACGCAAAGGGGAUUUACUACGGCGAAUCUGCGCCGCGGAGGCUCUCGGCGAGAGUUUCGCUCCGGGAGUUGCGAGCCGUGACAUUGGAGAGACUAUUUCCCAGUUCAGGCGGAACAGAUCUUCACAAGAAACCUGAAAAGGUUCAUGCGAUUCCCCUCCGUUGUUUGAACUUUCCAGUGCUGUGUGCCAUGUCUCUGCCACGCACCCUUGGGGAGUUGCAACUCUAUCGGGUGCUGCAGAGGGCAAACCUGCUGGCCUACUAUGAAACCUUCAUCCAGCAAGGCGGUGACGACGUGCAGCAGCUCUGCGAGGCUGCCGAGGAGGAGUUCCUGGAAAUCAUGGCCCUGGUUGGCAUGGCCACCAAGCCGCUGCAUGUGCGUAGGCUGCAGAAGGCUCUCCGCGACUGGGCGGCGAACCCUGCCCUUUUCAGCCAGCCUGUCGCUAAUGUCCCUCUUGGGGGGAUCCCGCUGUUCAAAGUUGAAGGGACGGGCUCCAGCGGGUCAGCUGGCGGGCACAGAAAGGCUUUGAGCAACGGGCAGCCUGGUUCCCCCUGUGAGAGAGAGGACCGGGCAUGUCUUACCCCGAUGUACAGCGGCAGUCCGAGAAGUCCCUGCUCCCAGGCGUCUCCCCAGCCACCGGAUACACACUACAGGGAAAAACUCUCCCCCAUGGACCCGCACUGGCUCAGCCCAGACCCUGAUGGGAAUGGCGCUCUUGCCUCUGCAUCUGGAACCGAGGAGGAACCACACAGCCCACCUCUCCUGUCCACAGGGCCGCCGGGUCCUUCCACAUCUCCAGUGCCCUCCGCGUCCUUCGUCCCUGCACCCCUGUCAGCCUGGCCAGGAGGGCAGCUGGACGAGGAGACGGCCAGGGCCGUGGUGGAGAGCGUGGAGAGACUCUAUAGGACCCUGCCCAGGUCAGACCCCACAGAGGUAAAGACUUUGCUGAGGAUGAACAAGAAAAUAGCAAAAACUGUGGGUCACAUCUUCAGAAUGGGCUCGCAGGAUGCAAACAAGGAGGAGGAGAUCCGGAAAUACAGCCUCAUUUAUGGUCGCUUUGACUCCAAGAGGAGAGAAGGCAAGCAGCUCACACACCAUGAGUUGAUCAUCAAUGAAGCUGCUGCCCAGUUCUGCAUGAGAGACAACGCUCUCCUGCUCAGACGGGUGGAGCUCUUUUCUCUGGCUCGACAGGUGGCCAGGAAAUGUGCCUACACCUCCACACUGAAACAUGCAAGGUCAAAUGCUGACGAGAGCAGCGGUUUGUCUCAGAAGAGAGCGAGACACGAGGUCAUCGUGUCUGAGUCAUCGCUCCUUGGAGUGGAGGGAUCUGAAGGAGCGACUCAGAGAGCAGAUGAAGACAGCUUGUCUGCAGAGAGCCUUGACUGCGUAUCGCUUGACUCCAGCUCCCAGUGCAACCAGUCUCCAUCCCCCCGUCCCCACACUGACGCCUCGAACCCCGCCAGCUGGAGCCGCCAUCUAAUACAGCAGACUCUAAUGGACGAAGGCCUGCGAUUGGCUCGGAUGGUGUCGCAUGACCGGGCGGGGAAACUCAGCCUGGGGCCAGAGGGAACUCACUCGGCAGACCAUGACAUCAAAGUGGAACGGGCGAUCUCGAUAACAGCGUGCCGAAGCAGUAGCCCUUGUGUCACCAAAGAGCCAACCAUCACCUCCAACCACAGAGGAAAGUGAAACCCGCAGCCCGUCAGGGGAACUGUGCUCAGAGAGAGGACUCCAACUCAACUGUAAAUCUAAGACUCUGCAAGGAUCUGACUAAAUAGGCCCGUCAUGUCUUGUAAACGAAUCCGCUGUAAAUUAAGAUCUAAAUGUUUCUGUUUUUAUAUAUCUGUUAGAUGGAGGGAACCCCGUCUCUGUUUUAGUGCCCUGCAGAGGUUAGCUGUGUUCUGUCAGGGAAAAUGUUUAUGUUGCUGCGAGUGCCGCCGUGCGCCGGAGGAUCCGCCUGCCACAGAUGAAACCCGCUUCACACAGCAGGGGGCACUGCAACUUUGGAAAACUGACGCUCUAAAGUUCCUCCACACUCAGCAACACUGCAGAGGAGAUGUGCGUUUAGCAAAGAUCUCUUUGCUUUGCAAGUUACAGCGUAAUGCUCUGGAGCUAUUCACCUCAGGAAACCACUGGACGCUUUGCUUAGGUCAGAGGUCAGCACUGUAGAGGUCAAACUAACUCAGAAGACACUGACACAUGCAGCACCUUGUGAAAUACUCAUACUAUUGACAGUUUCAGCAUUUUUAUACAUUUUAUUUUGUUUUAUUUAUAUUUUAUGUGAUAGACCAACAGAAUAUAGCAUAUAAUGAAGAAGUGCCUCUUAGAAAGGUAGCAUAUUGAUGGAGCCCCACGCAAAGUUGAAAAUUUAAAGAGAAAUCACCUUUUCCAUAUUCUCUUGAAACCUUAGCUUGGGCUACUGAGUGUUUUUAAAAAAA